AUGACAGACAGCUCGCCCCGGAAUCAUCUGAUGGAUCUUGGUUGGCGAGCGAGGGUUGGAAAUUUUGACACACCUACGCGGUUUUCUCAAUACGACGAUGCUCAUCGACAUCUCAUGAAGAUUGCCAAAGAGCCUGGCCAGAAAGCUGUGGCCAUCCCUGAUGCCUUUAAGGACCAACAUGGGUCCAUGCAGACUUUCCAAGGUCAUGAUCCUGUCCAGAAUUUCGUCUUGCCCAUACGCCAGCCCAUGCAGCCCAACUAUUCUGGCGUAUUCUCUGGUGGAGCUGGUCCAUCCGAAAAGGCGGCAUCCGAAAAGUACUAUUGGCCCAUGAACAGCAUCCAUGGUAUAGCAGAGCUGUCACUCGCAGAGCAACCUCUCGCCAUGCACCCUGGCCUCGCCGAACUCAAAUAUCCCAAACCCAUUCUGGUAAGCGACAAGGCCCGCAACAUUCCUUUCGAUGUCGCAAAGAACUCAGUCCAUGCUGACGAGUCCAAUGCGCCAUCCAAGGUCGCUCUCGGUUUCAGUCCAGAGUAUCACGGAGAUCCGAACUUGCCACGCAACCGAUCUGCCAAUAUCCCCGACGAGCUCAACUGCUCACUUUUCCUGGUCAACUUGCCGCCGGCCCUCACAACACAUCGUCUCAUCACUGCUAUUCAUGCCAUGGGCCCCACUGGCCGCAUCUACGCCACUCACAUCAACGCACCUGAGCCGGACCGCAAGCACUACGGCUGCGCCGCCAAGGUCAUCUUCUUCGAGCUCACCGCGGCCAAGGCUUUCUACAGAGCCUGCGAGGAGAGAGGCUUCACAGUCGAAGGCUUCGGCGUGCGCGUCAUGUGGAACCGCAUCAAGACGGCCCAGCAGGAGCAUGCCCGGUCGACCACGCGCGUGCUGCUCAUCGGCGGCGACCCCAGCUUUGUCAACCCGACCACCCUUACCGAGUACUUCUGCACAAAGCUCCAGUUCCAGAUCGACUGCAUCAUUACCCACAGCGAUGGCCUCAAUGGCGAUAACACCGACGCCGUCGUCGAGUACCGCUUCGGCAGCUUCAGGUGCCAGGCUGAGGCGGCCAAGAUGGCGCUCGUCCGCGAGCACCCCGAGGUUAGGUGCUUCUUCCACUGCGACCCUUGCGACCCGGAGCACUGGAAGCCGUCGGACCAGAGGAUUCCCGUCGCCCCUGCCAUGCCGAUGCGCUUUCCCACCGCUCCUCCUCCUACUAUGCAACAGCACCAGCAUGCUGGAUUCCGUGUUGGAUCUCGACAGUUCCCUGGACUUCCUGUCGUACAUGAAGCUGCUGAGGAACAGCAUGCCCACAGCCGCCCAGCGUUGCACCCUCUUUCGAACAAUCGUUGUUCCUAG